AUGGUACGUGUUAUGCAUGAGAAUAAUGCACUAGAUGCAUUUAUAUCUGAAUUAGGGGGUACAUACGCAGGAAACAGAAUAUUCAUUGGGAAUAAUUCAUUGGCUGCAUUUAAGUUUAUUAUUUCCAUGGAGGAUUUCUCCUACAGAAGAUUUGGUAAAAGUGUCUUUGAAUUCUACGGCAUAGAAAGACCUUCUGAUAGGACAAGUAGAAGCAAAUACCUGGAUAUGCUAUCUGGAUAUAUUGAAGUACACACAGAAGACUUACAAGAUAGUUUUAAGUCAGCAGAUAUAAUAUGCCAAAGUGCCCUUCAUUUUAACUGCAAGUUUGUCUGGCCCGGGUGGGGACAUGCCUCAGAGGACCCAGACCUACCCAGGGCAUGCACUAAGCAUAACCUAAUAUUCAUAGGCCCAGAUACAUCUGCUAUGGAAUUAUUAGGCAGUAAGAUAUCUGCAAAUAAAGUAGCAGAUACUGCAGGUAUCAUGGCUAUCCCAUGGAUAGAUAUAGUGCACAUGGAUAAAUUGCAGGAUUUCUGCGAAAGUGCAGGGUACCCCAUCAUGGUUAAGUCACCAGAGGGCGGAGGUGGUAAAGGCAUAAGAAUUGCAAAUACACAACAAGAAGUACAGACAGCCAUAAAGACAGUACAAGAUGAAACUGGCACUAAGGAAGUAUUCCUGACUAAAUACUUAAGGAAUAUAAAGCACAUUGAACUGCAAAUAAUAGCAGAUAAAUAUGGCACUGUAGAAGUACUUUCCACUAGAGACUGUACUCUGCAAAGAAGAAACCAGAAGCUCAUAGAAGAAGGACCUGCCUUACUAGACAAAAAAAAAGAAGAAGAAAUAAUUCACAAGGCAAAGAGACUAAUAGAAAUAGCAAAGUACGAAAAUGCAUGUACAGUAGAAUUCGUAUACGACUUGGAUGGUGACCAGCUAUUCUUCCUGGAGUGUAAUCCUAGACUGCAAGUGGAACAUACAGUGACAGAAUUACUGAUAGACAGUAAUAUAUGUGCUGUGCAAUGGCUUAUAUCUUGCGGUGUAUCUGUGACUAAGCUUAAAGAGUGCAGUAUAAUUAAGGAAUACACUGGGGACAAGCAUGUGGUUGGGGCCAGAAUAAUUGCAGAGUCAGCAGAGUGUAUGUUUAUGCCUAGUACUGGGUCUUUGUCUGUUGUAUCUUCAUUGCCUGCUGGGACUGUAGGAUAUUUCUCUGUUGAUACUGGGUACAUAACACCAUAUAAUGACUCACAAUUUGGUCAUGUAUUCGGGAUAGGAAGUAGCCGUGAGGAAGCUGUAUAUGCAUUGGACCUGGCCUUGAAGUCUGUUAAAAUAACUGGGGAAGUGAAGAAUUUAAACCACUUCUUAAGGGAUUUAAUAAGCACGGAUGAAUUCCAUGAGAACAAGCAUACUACAAGGACUGCAGAGAGAUUCCUGCAGGAGUGGGUUAAAUUAUCCGUUGUAGACCCUUUCUUCAUUCUUGCCUUCUGUGCUAUUUCCGUGCACCGUAAGGAACUGCCUAAUAUGUCUAUGGUAUUUCAGGUGGGAGGUGUGCAUGUGUCUGCUGAUGUAUGCAGGAUGGAUAGUUCUGUAUAUGGGAUAGUUAUAAAUUCAGGAAUAUCUGUGAUGGAGAUACUUUCCUUAUGUGAUGAUAAGUAUAGGAUUAAGGGCAGGCAGGGAGAGAUACACGUAGUAUACUUCUCUGAGGCAAAGAUGUACACAGAGAUACAUACAUCACAGAAGACAGUCAGAUUCAUGGGAGGUGCAUGUGGGAAUGAAGUGCGGGCUACAGUGCCUGGCAGGGUAGUACGCAUACUGAAGGAAGGAAGUGUAAAGAAAGAUGAAGAUUAUUUGGAGAUUGAGAGCAUGAAGAAUCUCAUACGGAUAAAGGCCCCUAAGAGUGGAUCUAUCUCUUACUCCGUGCAGGUGGGUGAGGUAGUUGAAGUGGGUGAUACUCUGGGGAGUAUAAUUGGGGAUGCAGGUGAAGAUGAAGUGAUUAAUUACACGGAAAGAAUUACCUUCAGGAAUACAUCUAAGGACUAUACACUGAAUAUAUUCAAAGGAUACAGAGUACCAGAAGGACUGCUUCUCUAUGAUGAGGAGACUAUGGCAUCUGCACUGCAGGAAUUCAGUGCGUAUGAAGGUGCAGAUGCACCUGCUGCUAAUAAGUACAUACUGGAGUGCAUGGAUGUAUUACAAGAGAGCAAGAAUAUAAUGAGAUUUAAAGAACCUUUGAAUAUGCUGAAGGAGAGACUGCUUAGGCACGGGGUCAGGCAGGGAUCAAUUAGUAUCCUGCAGAAGAUACACAGACUGCAUUGUAAGAUAGAAGAAGAGAUAGUCAGUAGAUUAAAGGAAUUCAAGGGAUUGAAGGGAUUGAAGAAAAUGAAGGAAGGUAGACAAGAAGAGGGUAGUUUGAGAGAUCCUUUGAUGGAAGAUCAAAAAGAUACACUAAGCAAAGAUACACUAGAAGGUGAUGGUCUAAAGGGUGUCACACUAAAAGACACACCAAAGGAUACCACACUAAGCAAAGACCAACAGGAACUGAAAGACAACACACUAAAGGAUGAGCAAGAACUGAAGGAUGACACACUAAACAAAGAUACUCUAAACAAAGACUCUCUAGAAGACACCAAAAAUCAAGACACUCUAGAAGACGGUACAAACCAAGAUACACUAAACAAAGACAGUGCACUAAGCCAAGACACUCUAAACAAAGACACUCUAAACAAAGAUACUCUAGAAGGCGAAGGACAAGACAGUACACUAAAGGAUGUCACAAUCCAAGAAUUCCCAAAUAUUUCUCUCUCCCCAAAUACACUCUCUGAUGACAAUUUAUUAGUGGGGGCCUUUUAUGCGGAUGAACCGGAAAGGACAGAAUUAUUGAGGGCCUGGGGGAAGAGAGUAUUUGAAGGGAGUGACCUAGAAGUAUCACACGUUGAAAUUAGUCCAGAAUUAGGGUUAGUCACUAAGAUAUCUGUGAGAGUAGAUGGCACUACUAGAAUAUUUUACUUAUUAGAGGCCUUGCAUGAAAAUAUUCCGGAUAUAAAUGAAGCACCAGAAGGGAAUAUGAGUAUUAUUUCCUGCUUAAAGGAAGAUACUCCUGAUUUCACAGUUAUUUUCAUUAGUGAGGCAGGUGCCUCAUAUUUAUCGCAUAGAAAUGGUCUUACUGCAUGGGAUAUUGACAUAUUCCACAUGGAAAUGGACAGACUGGAAUUGCCUUGUGAGAUAAAAAUGCACUGUAAGAGGCCUGAUUAUAUACUGGGUAGUAGGAAAGUACUGAUAUAUAAGCUGACUGAUAGAAUAGUCGCAUAUUCUGGUGUAUCUGGGGAAGUGAUUAAAUCUGGUCUCUCUCCUGUGAUAAAUGAAGUAUUAUUUGGGUAUGCCUUGACAGGCGCAAAUAUGCCACUUAUAUGGUAUGUUCAUGUGACUGACACAGUGGAAUAUUCUGAUGCCAUGAUGGUGUACUUUAAAGAAGGCUUACUGACUGAAUAUGUGCACAUGUCUGGGUAUAAGUGCAUCUGGAAGAUAGAAGGAAAAUUCCUUAAGGAGGGACAAUUUCACGUGCAGUUAAAUAAUGAGAAGGGCUUCCCAGAAGUGUAUAUGGAAAUAAUGGGGGCACAAAUAUUCUACAGAAUAGGUGCAUACACUGUGCAGUCUAGUAGAUAUACGGAUGUAUCUGUGGAUGAAUUUCUGCCUGAAUAUUACAGCCAGGAGAUGCUGCAGGCAUCACGUACUAAGGCUAGAUCACUUGGUACUAUAUGCAUAUACGAUGCAGCCUUGUUAUUGAGCAUUUUCAUGAAAGAUAUUUCUGGUGAUGUGAAAGUGACACGGAUUGAGAACAAGAAGGAGGCAGCCAUAUUUGGGUGGAGAUUUACAAGUGAUGGGUUUGACUUUAUCUUCCUAGGGAAUGAUAUAACUGUGAAAAAUGGGGCAUUCUCAAUCGAUGAAGGAAAUUACUUCUCAGAAUGUGCUCGUCUGGCGGGUGUCCAUAAAAUACCUUUUGUUUAUGUCUCUAGUAAUUCUGGCGCAAAAAUAGAAGUACUUGAAGUGAUAAAGAGUCUUAUAAAGUAUGAUAAUACUUUGGACGUAGUGUAUAUGGAGAAGGAUAAAUAUGAGGCACUCAAGGACAAGGAAAUAGUUGAAGUCUUGGAGAGAGAGAUCAAUGGAAGGAAUGUCUUUGAAAUAACUGAAAUUAUGGGAAAUUAUGGAAUGGGAGUGGAGAACCUGUCGUACUCAGCACAAAUAGCCAAGGAUAUGGCAAGACUGUAUAAAUCUGUCCCUACAAUGACUUAUGUCACGGGGCGUGCAGUGGGAAUUGGUGCAUACUUAGCAAGCAUUGGGGGCAGAACAAUCCAGAAGAUAGAUGCACCCAUUAUCCUCACAGGAUAUAAUGCGCUUAAUAGUCUAUUACAGAAGGAAAUAUAUAAAAAUAACCUGGAAAUAGGCGGUCCUUCAAUUUUAGCCAAGAAUGGGGUAGUGCACAAGAAAGUGGACUCUGAUGCGUCUGGGAUUUAUCAGGUCCUAAGGUGGCUGAUGUACCUGAGAACUGGGAAAGUGCAGAGUGAACAGUCACAGACUGAACAAGUACAGACUGAAGAAUGUGAGAAAAUGCAGAGUGAACAAGUACACAGUGAACAAUCACAGACUGAACAAGUACACACUGAAGAAUCUGAACAAGUGCAGAGUAAACCCAAAACCAGUGAAUCUGAAAACUCACAGACUGAAAAAUUGCAAAGUGAAGAACAGACUGACCUGCAAGUAGAGUCAUUCACAGCAGAAGAAGUAGUUGAUUACAUCUCGGAUAUAAAUGGGUUUACAGAAUAUCUGGAGGACUGGGCCCCUAAUGUGCGCAUAGGCAGGAGUGUAGUAGGGAAUAUUCCAUGUGGAAUUAUAUUCCCCAGGACGGGAAGUGUGCACAGGUCACUCCCUGCCCCGGAGGCAGUUAAUUCUGGGUUUGUGCCAAGUUCUGUUGUGCAGACCCUUUGGACAGAGAAUGUGCUUCUUUCAGAGUCUGCAAAGAAGAUUGCGCACGCCAUUCAGAGCUUCAGCCUGGAGUCUCUUCCGAUUAUAAUCCUUCUUAAUUGGAAGGGGUUCUCUGCUGGUCAUUUAGACAUGUUUAAUGGCGUACUCCAAAAUGGCUCUGAAAUAGUUAGGAGCAUGGAAGACUCUGACUCAAAAAUAUUCACAUAUUUACCACCGAAGGCAGAGCUAAGGGGAGGGUCUUGGGUUGUUUUUGACAAGAAAAUAGGAAACAAAAUUAAAUCAGCAGCACACCCUACAGCUAAAGGGAGUGUCAUACAUCCAGAUGGAUUAUCCAAAAUAAAAUGCAAGCAAGAAGAGCUUGCUGCUAUACUGGAAGAGUCGCAGAUUCCAUUCUCUAAAAUCGAUGCAUCAAAGCUUGCACAAAGAUUCUGUGAUCUGCACGACUCUUCCAAGAGGAUGAUUAAAAUGCAUGUGAUUGAUGAGAUAAUCAACGUGUCCGAAUUGCGUGCUGCAAUAAUUGAAUACUUCAUGGAAUAA